AUGGACACCUCCACAGCCUCAGUCAACAAUUCACCUGAAACCGAUCAAGGCUAUGCUCUUGACCUGUAUGACGAACUUUCCGAGAUAGACGGUCUCUCACUCGAAGAAGAGCUGGCCGCCUUAUCCGACGACGCAUCAAGCGAUGGCAACGAGCCGGCCAUGACAAGUGACAACCACCAGAAAAAGUCCACCGAGACCCCAUCGUCCUUUACUCGACUCACCGUAGACUUCCUCGACGACUGGUCCGACGACCUCGCGGCGCUCGCGUCGUUGCCGAGCACAGAGGCGAACAAAACCGAUCUCAUCCGUCACGCAAAGACGUUAUCCUCGUGGGUGAGGCACAAUGUCCUCCCCCGCGCCUCCGCACUCGAAGCGACAUGCGGACAGGUCAAAGCGGCCAGGCAGGAGCUGCAGGCAGAUUACGAGGCGCUGCUCUCCCAGGCCGAGGAGAUGCUUGGCCGGUAUGAGGUGCUCUACGAGGCUUACUCGAAGGAAUACGACGUGAGUCGGGACAAGACGGAGAAGUUGUGGGAGGUUUGCCUCCUGGUGGAACAGACAGGGGAGUUUGCACAGAUGAGCAGCGAAUCUUUGGGCGAGGAAAUCUGA